CCGUGCGGGUUCCCCCAUCCCGGCGGGGUCUGUGCGAGGGUCUCGGAGCCCAUUCGGUGUGUAUCCGUGCCCUCACCCAGCCCCGCAGUGCUGCCAUCACCGCGUCCCACGUGGGAGUGGGGCACCCUCGUCCCGCCUACCGGAGGCUCGGCUGCGGUGCCAUGGGGGGGGAACAGUCGCUGGCACUGCCUCCGGAGAAGGGACCUCACCGCGUGGGUUGCGCGGACGUCAUGGUGGGCCAUACGCAGCAGCAGGGGCUCUUCUUCCGCCUCUUCUACCCCUGCGUACCCCGGGAUGGAGCCGAACGGCUGCUCUGGAUCCCUCGCUACGAGUACUGCAGCGGACUGGCUGAUGUCAGUGGCCACAGCCGGCGGUGGUGCGCUCCGCUGCUCAGCAUCGCCGUCGGCUCCUGCAGAGUGCCACUCAGCUGGAAGGCACCUUUCAAAACCUGCAGCAGUGGGUACCCGUUGAUCAUCUUCUCACAUGGCUUGGGAGCCUUUCGCACUGUGUACUCAUCCGUCUGCAUGCAGAUGGCAUCCUGGGGCUUUGUGGUGGCUGCGCUGGAGCACAGGGACAGUUCUGCUGCCAUGACCUAUUUCUGCACGGCAGAGGCUGUCCGGGAGCAGUGGAUCCCCCACCAGCAGGUGCCACAGGGACAGAAGGAGUUUUAUUUUCGGAACAAUCAGGUUCAUCACAGAGCAAAUGAGUGUGCACGAGCACUUCAGCUCUUCCGGGCCGUCAGCAGUGGUAAAUCCAUCCCCAACAUCCUUCCUCAGGGCUUCGACCUCUCUGUGUUGAAGGACAGCAUUGACUUGGCUAAAGCAGCCGUCAUGGGCCAUUCAUUUGGUGGGGUGACAGCUGUGCUGGCCUUGGUGAAGGAAUCUGGGUUCAGGUGUGCGGUGGCCCUGGAUGCAUGGAUGUUCCCCCUGGAGAAUGUGCUGUACCCUGAGGUGCCCAAGCCCGUGUUCUUCAUCAACACCGAGAAGUUCCAGACCCCCGAAAGCGUGGCCAAAAUGAAGAGGCUGAGCUCCAGGAACAGCCAGACAAAAAUCAUAACCAUCCUAUGUGAGAGAGGAGUUUGCUCGAUGGGACCACCUCCUCGAAGGCAUUGGGGACUCUGUCAUUCCAGAAGCACCUUUCCGCCUCUCCAACCUGUAGCUUGCUGUUGGGAUCCAGCUGCUGAGAAUUCAGCUGCUCCUUGUCUAAAAUGUUUGGGGUCUGCCUCCAAAGGGGAGGAGGACACUUGGGAGAGUGAGGCCUGCAGACUGUGCUUGCAAGACAUGGCCAUGAUGCCCGCCAUGCUUCCACGAAGCCCUCUCUGCCUGAGAGCCUGUGGUGGCUGCUGGAGACUGCAGAGCUCAGGGAAUAAAACCCCUGGGGUCACAGACUUGAGCUUGCCUUGGUGAUAGUGCCCUGCUUGCGUGAAUGGGCCCUGUGUGCACUGCAGCAGUGGGGUUGCUGCAGGUGGGGGGGGGUUCAAGCAAUGAUCCAACACAAGGAAAGAUGCAAUAGGG